GACAGCAGCCAGCAUGAGGCGUUUAUCCGGAGCAUCUUGUCGAAGCCCUUCAAAGUCCCGAUCCCCAAUUACCAAGGACCUCUGGGCCUCCGGGCCUUGGGCAUCAAGCGGGCGGGGCUCCGCCAUGCCCUCCACGACCCCUUCGAGGAAGGCGCGCUGGUUCUGUACGAGCCGCCGCCGCUGAGCGCCCAUGACCAGCUGAAGCUCGACAGGGAGAAACUCCCUGUCCACGUGGUGGUCGAUCCCAUUCUCAGCAAGAUCUUACGGCCCCACCAGAGGGAGGGUGUCAAGUUUCUCUGGGAGUGUGUGACCGGUCGGCGCAUCCCCGGCAGCCAUGGCUGCAUCAUGGCGGACGAGAUGGGCCUGGGCAAGACCCUGCAGUGCAUCACGCUGAUGUGGACGCUCUUGCGCCAGAGUCCUGAGAGCAAGCCGGAAAUCGACAAAGCUGUGGUGGUCUCCCCCUCCAGCCUGGUCAGGAACUGGUCUAACGAAGUGCACAAGUGGCUGGGGGGCCGGAUCCAACCCCUCGCCAUCGAUGGGGGCUCUAAAGAGGAGAUCGACCAGAAAUUGGGCAGCUUCAUGAACCAGCGGGGCUCCAGGGUCCCCUCGCCGAUCCUCAUCAUUUCCUAUGAGACGUUCCGCCUGCACGCUGAAGCCUUGCAGCGAGGGAGCGUGGGGCUGGUGAUCUGUGACGAGGGCCACAGACUCAAGAACUCGGAGAACCAGACGUACCAGGCCCUGAACAGCUUAAACACGAGCCGGCGAGUGCUCAUCUCGGGGACCCCGAUACAGAAUGACCUGCUGGAGUACUUCAGCCUGGUGCACUUCGUGAACUCUGGCAUCCUGGGGACUGCCCAGGAGUUCAAGAGGCACUUUGAACUGCCAAUUUUAAAGGGUCGAGAUGCAGACGCCAGUGAGGCAGCCCGGCAGAAGGGCGAGGAGCGCCUGCGGGAGCUCGUCGGCAUCGUGAACAGGUGUCUGAUUCGGAGAACCUCGGACAUCCUCUCCAAGUACCUGCCGGUGAAAAUUGAGCAGGUGGUCUGCUGCAGGCUGACCCCGCUGCAGGCUGAGCUGUACCGACGAUUCCUCCAACAAGCCAAGCCAGCGGAGGAGCUGAGAGAGGGCAAGAUGUCCGUGUCGUCCCUGUCUUCCAUCACGUCCCUGAAGAAGCUGUGUAACCACCCAGGCCUGAUCUACGAGAAGUGUGUAGAGGAGGAAGAAGGCUUCUCGGGAACCCUCGAUUUGUUCCCCCCUGGCUACAGCUGCAAGUCGGUGGAGCCGCAGCUCUCGGGGAAGAUGCUGGUCUUGGACUAUAUCCUGGCCGUGACCCGGAGGACCAGCAGUGAUAAGGUCGUGCUGGUGUCCAACUACACCCAGACCCUGGACCUGUUUGAGAAGCUCUGCCGGCUCCGGAGAUAUCUCUAUGUGCGGCUGGACGGCACCAUGUCCAUCAAGAAACGAGCCAAGGUUGUGGAGCGAUUCAACAACCCUUCGAGCCCAGACUUCAUCUUCAUGCUGAGCAGCAAGGCUGGUGGCUGCGGUCUCAAUCUAAUUGGGGCCAACAGGCUCGUCAUGUUUGAUCCCGAUUGGAACCCCGCCAACGAUGAGCAGGCCAUGGCCCGUGUGUGGCGUGACGGCCAGAAGAAGACCUGCUACAUCUACCGCCUACUCUCGGCUGGGACAAUUGAGGAGAAGAUCUUUCAGCGGCAGACUCACAAGAAGGCCCUGAGCAGCUGUGUGGUAGAUGAAGAGCAGGACGUGGAGCGUCACUUCUCUCUGGGGGAGCUGCGGGAACUCUUCACCCUCAAUGAGGUCACACCCAGUGACACCCAUGACAAACUGCGCUGUCGUCGCUGUGUGAACGGGCGCCAGGUCCGGCCGCCGCCUGAUGGUUCAGACUGCACCUCUGACUUGGCCCAGUGGCACCACAGUGCGGACAAGAGGGGGCUCUCAGAUGAGGUGUUACUGGCAGCCUGGGAUGCUGCUGUCACCUUUGCCUUCCACCAGCGCUCUCAUGAGGAGCAGAGGGGACUUCUUUGAACCUUGGGACUGGACUGGACCUGGGGAGGCCGGAACUGGGCUGGACCUGGUGUGGUUGGAGCAAGAAAUGGGCCUGGGGAUUUGGGGGGCUGGGGCUGGACUGGGGGGAGCCCAGGGCCAGGCUGGGCCAGGCCAUUGAGUAGCUGGGCUGGGCAGAAAGCCUGUGCUUGCUGCCCCAGCUAGGGCUGCCCUGCUGCACCGCUCCCUGCCCCUGCCGCUCGUAAGCUGGGAGAGGAGUCACCCAUGUGGCCAGGAGGCAGGGGUAUGCAGAAUAGAUUUUUUUUAUUUUUAGAAAUGUAAAAAAGGCACAGAAAUAAUAAAGGCAUUAAAA